AUGUCGAACGUCUACUUCCCCUACUCCAAGGCGCCUUUGCGCACCAUCAAGGAGAUCCAGUUUGGUCUAUUCUCCCCAGAGGAGAUUAAGCGGAUGAGCGUGGUCCAUGUGGAAUAUCCUGAGACGAUGGAUGAACAAAGACAGCGGCCGCGCACAAAGGGUUUGAAUGACCCUCGCCUUGGGACGAUCGAUCGGCAGUGGAAUUGUGAGACUUGUGAGGAAGGCCAGAAAGAGUGUCCCGGUCAUUUCGGACAUAUCGAGCUUGCCACUCCGGUUUUCCACAUCGGUUUCUUGACCAAAAUCAAGAAACUUCUUGAGACGGUCUGCCACAACUGUGGCAAGAUCAAAGCCGACUCGAUUCAGUCUGAUCCCAAGUUCCUGGAAGCCCUGCGUAUGAGGGACCCUAAGCGACGUUUCGAUCACAUCUGGCGGAUUUCGAAGGAUAUCUUGAUCUGCCAGGCCGACCCUCCUCCGGACGAUGACGACCCGUUUUCGAAAGAGAGCUCUAAGCCCGUGAGACACCACGGCGGGUGCGGUAACUCUCAGCCUACGAUCCGCAAGGAGGGAAUUACGUUAGUCGGAACAUGGAAGCCGAACAAGAUGCUGGAUGAAGAUGACAUGCAGCAGCCAGAGAAAAAGACCAUCACCCCUCAGAUGGCUUUGAAUGUCUUCCGCAACAUCUCUCAUGAAGAUGUUCGCAUCAUGGGCCUGAGCAAUGACUAUGCUCGUCCUGAGUGGAUGGUCAUCACGGUUCUUCCCGUCCCUCCCCCGCCAGUGCGGCCCAGUGUCCUCGUUGGUGGCAGCACCAGCGGACAGCGUGGUGAGGAUGACUUGACGUAUAAGUUGGCUGAAAUUGUCCGCGCGAACCAGAAUGUCCAGAGAUGUGAACAGGAAGGCGCCCCCGAACACGUCGUACGCGAAUUUGAAUCCUUACUCCAGUACCAUGUCGCCACGUACAUGGACAACGAUAUUGCUGGUCAACCGAAGGCUAUGCAAAAGUCUAACCGACCGGUCAAGGCCAUCCGCAGUCGUCUGAAGGGUAAGGAGGGUCGUCUGCGACAGAACCUGAUGGGUAAGCGUGUGGAUUUCUCUGCACGUACCGUCAUUACCGGUGACCCCAACUUGUCUCUUGAUGAGGUCGGUGUCCCCAAGAGUAUUGCGCGAACCUUGACCUAUCCCGAGGUUGUUACGCCGUACAACAUCGAAAAAUUACAACAGCUUGUCAUGAACGGCCCGAACGAACACCCCGGAGCCCGAUACAUCGUCCGAGACAACGGCGAACGCAUUGACUUGCGUCACGCCAAGAGAGCUGGAGGUCAACAGUUGUUGUAUGGAUGGAAGGUCGAACGACACAUCAUGGAUGGCGAUGUGAUUCUUUUCAAUCGUCAGCCCUCUCUGCACAAAGAGUCCAUGAUGGGUCAUCGUGUCCGUGUGAUGCCAUAUUCUACCUUUCGACUGAACUUGUCCGUCACCACGCCCUACAACGCCGAUUUCGAUGGUGAUGAAAUGAACUUGCAUGUUCCUCAGAGCGAAGAGUCGCGAGCAGAACUCAGUCAGCUCGCCUUGGUUCCGAUGAACAUUGUUUCUCCCCAGCGAAACGGCCCGCUCAUGGGUAUUGUGCAAGAUACUCUUUGUGGUAUCUACAAGAUCUGCCGGCGUGACAUCUUCCUGACCAAGGACCAAGUCAUGAACAUGAUGAUGUGGGUUCCUGAUUGGGAUGGUGUUAUCCCGCCACCAGCGAUCUUGAAGCCUAGACCCAGAUGGACUGGAAAGCAGAUGAUCAGCAUGGCUCUGCCUUCAGGACUGAAUCUCUUGCGCGUUGACAAGGAUAACUCUGCCUUGUCGGAGAAGUUCUCACCUUUGAACGAUGGUGGUCUCCUUAUCCAUGGUGGACAGUUGAUGUAUGGAAUGUUUUCCAAGAAGACUGUCGGUGCCAGCGGUGGAGGUGUUAUCCAUACCAUCUUCAACGAGUACGGACCCGGUACUGCGGUGGCAUUCUUCAACGGCGCCCAGUCUAUCGUGAAUUAUUGGCUGCUCCAUAAUGGCUUCAGUAUCGGAAUUGGUGAUACUAUUCCAGAUGCUCUCACAAUCCAGAGAAUCGAGAACUGUGUGCGUGUCAGGAAGAAGGAGGUCGAAGCUAUCACUGCCAGUGCUACUGAGAAUACUCUUGAGCCUUUGCCUGGUAUGAAUGUUCGAGAGACCUUUGAGAGUAAGGUCUCUCGUGCUUUGAACAACGCUCGUGAUGAAGCUGGUAGCGAGACGGAGAAGAGUUUGAAGGAUCUUAACAACGCCAUCCAGAUGGCUCGGUCCGGUUCCAAGGGAUCCACCAUCAACAUCUCACAGAUGACGGCGGUGGUGGGUCAACAAUCCGUCGAGGGUAAGCGUAUUCCUUUUGGCUUCAAGUACCGUACUUUGCCGCACUUCACGAAGGACGAUUAUUCGCCCGAGUCCCGUGGCUUCGUCGAGAACUCCUACCUCCGUGGUCUUACUCCUACCGAGUUCUUCUUCCACGCGAUGGCUGGUCGUGAGGGUCUUAUCGAUACCGCCGUCAAAACGGCCGAGACUGGUUACAUUCAGCGUAAGCUGGUCAAGGCCCUGGAAGAAGUUAUGGUCAAGUAUGAUGGUACCGUUCGUAACUCUCUGGGCGAUGUCAUUCAGUUCGUCUACGGAGAGGAUGGUCUUGACGGCGCUCACAUCGAGAACCAACGGGUUGAUAUUAUCAAGUGUUCUGAUGACAAGUUCCGGGACCGCUUCCGCGUCGAUCUCAUGGAUCCUGAGCGCAGCCUGGGACCGGAGAUCUUGGAGCAGGCUAAUGAAAUUGCGGGUGACGUGGAGGUCCAAAGAUAUCUGGACGAAGAGUGGGAGCAACUUCUCAAGGACCGAGCGUUCCUUCGGACUGUCGCCAAGGAGGACGAAGAGAUGAUGCAGCUUCCGAUCAAUGUGCAGCGCAUUCUCGAAACUGCCCGGAGUACGUUCCGUAUCCGUGAAGGAACCAUCAGUGAUUUGCAUCCUGCGGAAGUCAUUCCUCAGGUCCAGUCUCUACUUGAUCGCCUGAAGAUUGUGCGUGGCGACGAUAUUAUUUCGGUUGAAGCCCAGGAGAAUGCGACACUGCUCUUCAAGGCGCAACUGCGCAGCCGCCUUGCGUUCCGAAGACUCGUUACCGAGUAUUCCAUGAACAAGCUGGCCUUCCAACACGUUCUUGGAGCCAUCGAAACUCGGUUUGCCAAGGCUGCUGCCAGUCCGGGAGAGAUGGUUGGUGUACUUGCGGCGCAGUCUAUUGGUGAGCCGGCUACACAGAUGACGCUGAACACCUUCCACUUUGCUGGUGUGUCGUCUAAGAACGUUACUCUUGGUGUUCCUCGUCUCAAGGAAAUUCUAAACGUCGCCACCAACAUCAAGACACCCUCCAUGACUGUUUACCAAGAGCCAUACACAUGCCAUGACAAGGAAAGUGCCAAGCAACUGCGAAGCGCUGUCGAACACACGAGCUUGCGUUCCGUGACCGAGGCUACUGAGAUCUACUAUGAUCCGGAUAUUCAGACUACGGUCAUUGAAAACGAUCGGGAUAUGGUCGAAUCGUACUUCAUCAUUCCCGAAGAUGUCACGGAUGAUUCGACUCGCCAGUCUAAGUGGCUGCUCCGUAUCAUUCUUAGUCGUCCCAAGCUUCUCGAUAAGGGACUCACUGUCCAGGACGUUGCUACGAGGAUCAAGCAGGCCUAUCCCAAAGAUAUUGCUGUCAUUUUCAGUGACAACAACGCCGACGAGCAGGUUAUCCGUAUCCGUCAGAUUCAGGAUUACAAGGAUGAUGAAGAUGACGAUGAUAUUGAGUAUGACGUUACACUCAAGAAGCUGGAGCAGCAUCUCUUGGAUACCCUCACUCUUCGUGGUGUGCCCGGUGUGGAGCGUGCGUUCAUCAACGAGAAGAGCAAGGUACGCGUUCUUGAAGAUGGGUCAUUGUUCGUCAGCAAGACCGAUCCUCUCUGCAAGGAAUGGGUGUUGGAGACAAGUGGUUCGUCUCUUGGUGAGGUUCUGGCGAUUCCCGGGGUGGAUGCUACUCGCACAUACUCCAACCAGUUUAUCGAGGUGUUCGAGGUGUUCGGUAUCGAAGCAGCCCGGACAGCUGUUCUUCGCGAGUUGACACAGGUGCUGGCUUUCGAUGGUUCCUACGUCAACCAUCGUCAUUUGGCCCUUCUGGUUGACGUGAUGACUGUGCGGGGUUACCUGACUCCCGUCACUCGGCACGGUAUCAAUCGUGCUGACAACGGUGCUCUUAUGCGGUGUUCUUUCGAAGAGACCGUGGAGAUUCUUUUGGAGGCAGCUGCUUUCGGAGAAUUGGAUGACUGCCGUGGUGUGUCAGAGAACUUGAUUCUGGGACAAAUGGCACCUGCUGGUACUGGAGAGUUCGACAUCUAUCUUGACCAGAACCUUCUCAACACUGUCGUUUCGAACAACGCCCGCUACGGUGUGAUGGGUGCGAUCGGCGCCAAGGACGCAAUCAUCUCGGACGGUGCUGCGACGCAGUACGACACUGGUUCGCCAAUGCAGGAGAGCGCGUAUAUUGGUACCCCCGACCCGGAUUCGAACUUCUCUCCUAUCCGGCAGGCAGGCGCGGAAUCACCUGGUGGCUUUACGGAGUAUCAACCUACUGCAGGAUUUGGGGGCGGGUUUAGCCCCGCGCCCACUAGCCCGUUGGGCUACUCCCCUGGCAGUCCUUUCAGCGGCGGCGCCACGUCCCCCAGCUACUCUCCGUCGUCCAGCUACUCCCCUACGUCCCCCGGCAUGGGUAUCACCAGCCCUCGGAUGACCUCGCCGGGAUUCUCACCCGCAAGCCCGGCGUUCGGACCGACGUCGCCUGCUUACUCCCCUACGUCACCUGCGUAUGGACAGGCCUCUCCGACUUCACCGUCGUACUCCCCAACGUCACCGGGCUUCUCACCGACAUCGCCGAACUACAGCCCCACGUCGCCAAACCUCAGUCCUGCUUCGCCAGUGUUCAGCCCGACAUCCCCGAGCUACAGUCCUACUAGCCCUGCGCUCGGUGCUGGUCGAAACAUGUCUCCUACAUCGCCAACGUCUCCCAAGUACACCCCGACCUCGCCUGGGUGGUCUCCGACAAGUCCCCAGUCUUACUCGCCAACUUCACCAAACAUUGGUGGCUCACCGACGUCGCCUGGAGGGGCCUACAGUCCGACGUCGCCUACGUACAGCCCUACCUCGCCGCGUCAGUGA